GGGUGCCCGUUUUCUGGGCAUCUCCAACGGCCAUCCCGUUGCUUCCUCUUGCUGUAACAUUGGACGUUGGAACGCGCUGCCAGGGUAUAUUGGGGGUGUCAUGCGACGAUGGCGACCGAUGUGAAGCGUACACCGACGUUGAGGAAGUCUAAGAGCUUGAAGAACUUACUGUCGCGCACCAGAAAGGCGCCGCCUUCCGAGGAUGAGGAGUUGCUACCGUUCAGGCCUGUGAAGCAGAAGUAUGCACAGAUUCAUGUCACGAGCGACGACAUCACGCUCCGGCCGCUUCGACCAUCCACCGCCGGGCCUGAGGUGCCUGACCGUAACGUGUCCUUUCAGCAGCGCAACACAUGGCCAAACACGCCACAGGAACGGCGACCUGGGACGCAGCACUUCGACAUACCCCCCCAUCUUGUGCGCACACAAUGGGAGCUGGAUCGGCACAGGAGCCGCUCUUACUCAGUGCGCAAACCGCCCGUGGACGCGAAACCGCUGCCUCGCUGGCUAUUUGAGCACCUACCGCGCGAGAUCUAUGACUGCAUAUGCGAACAGCUCGAGACACUGCACCGGAUACGCAACGUAGCGGACGCUGUAGGCUUCCAGACGGACCUUAAGGCGCUCUUGUUGGCGAACAAGCGAUGGCAUCGAGUAGCACGCGAGCACAUGUAUCGCGAGAUCUGGCUCCCCAGCAACGAAGAGCUACCGCGGAAACCUAGGUCAAUGCAGCGCUCAAGGACACGCUUAAAGCUCCUACUACGGACUUUGUCGGAGUCGCAACCUUUAGCCUACAUGGUACGGCACUUACGCGUGACUGCUGAUUUGGCAUGCUCGCUCGACGGCCUCCAUGGCGGAAUAGAAAGACGCGCAACAUUCGACCUGCUUGGUGAGAUCAUUAACCGUUGUCACAAUCUCGAGUUGUUCAGCGGUUACAGUCCUUCCGUACGUGAUACUGUCAGCACGAAGCUGUUCGUUCCUUUGGCGCUCAGACAGAAUCUCAAAGCCCAUGCAUGGAAUCUGCAAGGGGCGCAGCUUGGUGAUGACCUCCUGCCUGCAUUCGAUCCUGGAGACCUACUCGACUGCCAUGACGACUGGCGGCACCUGGAGACGCUUGUGCUCUGCUCAGACUCCACACUCCGCCUCGGGCUAGGCACGAUCUCAGCGAUCCUUCAGCGCCUACCCUCGUUGAAGCAUCUGAUGCUGUCGAAGCUAAGCAGACGAGAUUUCCACAAUGGUACACUUCUGUCUCUACCUGCCUUGAGAUCAUUACGGCUAGAGCAUCUGGAAGGCUUGACCGACCGAGGGAUCGAUCAGCUGGCUUACAUGAGGCCAGCGUGCUCCUUGGAACACCUUAGCCUGAUUGGGCUCGAAUUGACCUCAUUACACACAAUCCAAUCACUUAUGUCGCACCUAUCGAAGCUGCAAGCGUUUACAUUCGUCCAAGACACCUCGCCCGAGCCGUCACCGGACAUGCAAGCGAUCAAAAUGGAGGUGAAGCUGGAGUCUCCAACGCUCCAGUACUUGCAUUGGGAUGCUCUCGUUGCCGGGUCCGGCCCGGCUGUCCUCGCCAAAGGCAUUGCAAACGGCCGCUUCCCGUCCCUCCGUAAGGUCAAAGUACCUUGCGACUACGAUGGCGCGAUCCAAGCGCUUUGCCGACCUAUCGCGCUCAACACCCUCGAUGCCCGUGAUUUGGAGCUCAUCGACCGCUUCAACGGUGACCGCUAUGAGCGCUUUCUGCGCCUUUCACAGAUCCAGGCGCAGCUGCGGGCUCGUGAGAGCAGGCGUGAGCCUUGUUUCAACGUCGUCAUACAUGACCCGAAAAUGCGCGUCUCGGCCACGCAUGUCAUCGGCACCUUUCUUGGGGAUAUGGAAAGCAAGAUCGAGUACAGCUUGGAGCCGGAUGUCGAGGACAGCCACUACGCAUUGGUCGACUUUGGCGACAUUGAGGCACCCAAAUGGGUGUACGAAAGCGCGAACGAAAUGGAGAGGAGCGUGCUCGGUGAGCAGGUGCUCGAUCUAGGCAUGCUUUUUUGAGUUUUCCCUGUCGGCAGCAUCUUCGU